AACCAGUGUGGUGUUGUUUAGGGUUUAGCGACUACUGCAGCAUUGAAGGGUUUAUCUAUUGAGCCGAUUCGCUGUGGCUUCGAUCAUCAGCAUCGUAAGCCCUGUCUCUUCCUGGCAUUGAUUCUUCAACUGGAUCUCGCGAUUUUCGUGGUUAUAUUUGUAGUGGAGAGGGUCGGAGGUCGUCGGAAGUAACACUAGAUUUGAGGGGUAGAUGAGGAUUUGAGAGCAGUUUGUUGUUUCAUUGCUUUCGUGGAUUGUUGAUGGUGUAGUCUCAAUGGAGUGCUGAGAAGCGUGAGAGGGGUUGAAGGACAAGGACCUGACUUUGGACGCGGGGUAGUUGGGAUAGGUCUGCUUUGUUGGGUGGUAUUGUUGGGAGUGGAGUGCUGUAGACAGAGAUGGCGUUCGCUGCGACGCGAGUGAUGGAAGUGGUUAUCAAAAGGUCCGGAGGAUUGGUGUGGAAGAACUGGCCAAUGAAUCACACGCGGCGCGCCAAUGCUAAGAAGCGGCACGUUCGUUUGCAACAGGUCGAGGCAGUUUUGAAAGCUUGUGCUGCUCCUCCACCCUCUUCUGCUGCCCAAAGUGGCACUAAAGGAAUAGUUCAAGGUACACAAGCCUCGAAAUAAACCUGGUUUUAUAGCCUGCAGACAACCGCCAGACGAGUUACCACCUGGUUGUUCAUCCUCUGUGCAAGAAUAAGUAAAGGGACUUUUUUCUUCCAGACGGGAAGACGAGGACCAAUAUUUCCUGCAAUGGUAGAGCCUUAUGUUAGGUACUUAAAUUUUCCUCAUGCGACUUAAACUGAGGAACAGCCUUCGUUUUGUUUUAACCGGAAACGCAUUACAUCCCAAUUUGUGAAUUAUCUCCUACAGUGUGAUGAACCUUGUGAUAUAAAUAGCUGAGAAUUUUUCAUAUCAAAUCUGAAUUAGUAUUUGUUUGCAAAUCACGAGUUACCAGUUCAUUUUGGUCAAUCUCAAUCUGUCUAGGUGCUGGAUUGAGCGUAUGCCAGUACUGUAAUAUUCAUAAUAUUGCGAUUCUAGCAGUCCUUGAUAUU